CAUUAAAGCUCAGAUUUCUCUUACCACUCCUUAUAUCACCAACCUGGUGGAUUCGAAUCCUCUCGUGACAAGUCUCGUGCUUGCAGCUUCCUCAAAACUUUUCUCAGGUGGAGUCUUGGUUGCAUCAUGAAGCCUGAACCUCAUAAAGUCUGUUCUGAGACUAAUAUGAGUUUUCAAUAUCUGCUAAGGGAGACUCCUCUCAUCAGAGAAUGACUGCAGCUUGACAGAGAGAACUUAAAGCCUUCAAUGCUUAAUAUUUUAAGUCCUAAUGUUUUCAACCUUUGGCGAUAGCCAAGGCAAAGUGCAUCAUUGGUGAAAAAGUAAUCACUUUAGUUUGAAUAGGCUGAUUCUAGAGUCCAGGAGAUUUUUGGAUAUUUAUACAUGGGAGAUGAUCUCUCUACUUCCUAGAUUCAUGCAUAUUUCUAUCCUG